AAACAUACAAACAUGCCGAGGGUUCAUCCUAACCUGGUCCCCGCCGCGCCGGCCAGCGCCGUCGUCGACCGGGCGGAGGAAGCGCCGACGACGCUGACGGUGUGGCGCAAGUCGCUGCUGUUCGACUGCAAGGGGUUCACUGUGUACGACGCCAAGGGCAACCUGGCCUACCGCGUCGACAGCUACGCGUCCGAGAACGGCGACGAGGUCGUCCUCAUGGACGCGGCCGGCCGCCCCGCCUUCACCGUCCGCCGCAAGCGGUUUAGCCUCCAGGGCGAGCAGUGGCUCGUGUUCGCCGGCGAGGAGACAAGGCGGCCUGUCUACGCCAUCCGGCGGAACGGGAGAGGGAAGACCAUGGCGAACGUCACGGCUUGCGCCGGAGUGGCUUCGCCGUCGUACGAGGUGGAAGGGUCGUACGCGCGGCGGUGCUGCGUGGUGUACGACGGCGAGAGGCGCGCGGUGGCGGAGGUGAGGCCCAGCCCCAAGGAGGUGGUCGGCACGGACGUGUUCCGCCUGGUCGUGCAGCCCGGCGUCGGCGUGUCGCUCGCCAUGGCCGUGGUCGUGGCGCUCGAGCAGAUGUUCGCCAGGCCGUCCCUCCUCCGGAGCUGGUCCACCGCGUAGAUUAAUUCGUUUCUUUUUUGUGUUUCGAUCUAGCGGAGCUAGCUUUUUUUGCCCCUUACACUUGGGGUCGGGUUGAGUCUACGAAUUGUGACGGCGAAAAUCGAUGGAUGGGUCGAUCGAUGUGUGUGUGGCAUGAGAGCAGGCUGGCUCUGCUCCGUGAUGCCCCCGAUUCGCGUCGCAUGUAGUACUAGCCAUGGCCAACUGAGGUUCUUUGAUGCAAGUCCCUACUCCUAGCGCGUGUAUGUGUAGUGUGUAGUGUUGAUUCGAAAUCAGUAAACCUUGAAUUUUGUAAGGAUGGAUGGUAUUGUAAAUACCCAGAAAAAA